UUUUUUUGGCCAGAAUCAACAUAUUUAUCAAAUUUUUCUUAUUUUUAAGUGUAUAAAAAUUAAGAAUGCCUUCAGAAGCCGCGAAGAAACGGCAAGCUAAGAAAAAGGCAGCGGCACAAUCGCGAGGAAAACCAAAACCGGCCGUAAAUUCGUCAAAUGUAGCGAUCGAAAACGGUGACAAUGCCAGCAAUGGCGGAAUACUCGACGUAUCUUCACGGGCAUGUACCGGCGUUUUGGCAUCACAUCCUUUAUCUAAAGAUCUCAAGAUUGAGAACUUUUCUAUUACUUUCCAUGGAGUUGAACUUCUAAARGACACAAAACUAGAGUUAAAUAGUGGAAGGCGAUAUGGUUUGAUUGGCGCCAACGGCUGUGGAAAAUCUACUAUGCUUAUGUCGAUUGGUAAAAGAGAAAUCCCCAUCCCUGAACAUUUUGAUAUCUUUCACUUACAUGGAGAAAUAGAAGCCAGUGAUAAAACUGCCCUACAGAGCGUGAUGGAAGUGGAUGAAGAGAGACACAGGUUAGAGCUUGAAGCAGAGGAGUUGGCUCACCUUGGAGAAGAUGGCGCAGACAGGCUGAUGGAGGUUUAUGAAAGAUUAGAAGAACUAGAUUCAUCCCAUGCAGAAGUCACAGCAGCCGAGAUUCUUCAUGGUCUUGGUUUUACAGCUUUAAUGCAACAAACAGCCACAAAAAAUUUCUCUGGUGGUUGGAGAAUGAGAAUAGCUUUAGCAAGAGCUUUGUUUAUUAAACCUUCUAUACUUCUUCUUGAUGAACCAACCAACCAUCUUGAUUUGGAUGCRUGUGUAUGGCUUGAAGAAGAGUUAAAGAACUACAAGAGAAUACUGGUUAUAAUCUCUCAUUCACAAGAUUUUCUUAAUGGUGUUUGUACAAAUAUUAUACACAUGACAAGAGGACAAUUGAAAAGCUAUGGUGGUAAUUAUGAUUCGUAUGUCAAAACAAGAGCUGAGUUGGAAGAAAAUCAAAUGAAGCAGUAUAAUUGGGAACAGGACCAAAUAAAGAACAUGAAGGAUUAUAUUGCCAGGUUUGGACACGGAAGUGCAAAACUUGCAAGACAAGCACAAAGCAAAGAGAAAGUUCUGGCUAAAAUGAGUGCUGGGGGAUUAACUGAGAAAGUUGUAAAGGAUAGGUCUCUAUCCUUUUAUUUUCCUGAUUGUGGUAAACUUCCACCUCCUGUGAUAUCAGUACAGACCAUGAGCUUUAGAUAUGCAGACGACAAGCCAUACAUUUACAAGAAUCUUGACUUUGGAAUGGAUUUGGACACAAGAGUUGCACUAGUAGGGCCCAAUGGUGCUGGUAAGUCGACACUGUUAAAGCUUAUAGAAGGAACUUUAACACCAACAGAUGGAUUAAUAAGACGUCAUGGUCACUUAAAGAUCUGUAGAUAUCAUCAGCAUUUACAAGACAUGCUUGAGUUGGACCUUUCUGCCCUGGAGUUCAUGAUGAARUGUUUUCCUGAAAUCAAAGAAGAUGAAGUCAUGAGGAGAUCCAUAGGACGAUAUGGUCUGACUGGCAAACAACAGAUCUGUCCAAUGCGAAACCUCUCCGAUGGACAACGUUGUCGCGUUGUCUUUGCAUGGCUGGCAUUCCAAACGCCUCAUCUUCUUCUCCUUGACGAACCUACCAAUCAUUUAGACAUGGAGACGAUAGACUCUUUGGCUGAAGCCAUUCUUGAUUUUGAAGGUGGUCUUCUGCUAGUUAGCCAUGACUUUAGACUCAUUAGUCAGGUUGCUCAAGAGAUCUGGGUUUGUGAAAAGGAAACAGUAACUCCAUGGAAAGGUGACAUCGUGUCUUACAAAGAAGAACUUAAGAAGAAAGUGACUAAGGAGAAAGCCAAAGCAAGAAAAGCUAAAACAAAUCAACGAUAAAAAAUAGUCYAUCAAUGAAAAUGAAUGCGAGUUAAAGUACAUUUAUAUAGCAAAGUCCACAAGGUAUCUUCGCUGUUUUUUCCUUAUAUUCACAGGUUUGAUAUUUAUAGUCAGUAUAAGCUAUGACUUUUUCUUGGAGCUAAAAGAGGGAGAAUGUGAAUUAUUGAGUACAUGUAGGAGGUCCUAAAUAGGAAAAGAGAGUUGGCUGGGGAAGAGAGACUAAUCCAUGGCUAACCCUCUGACUGUCACAACUUUCUUAAAGUUUGGCGUACAGUUUGAUCAGCUCUCAGUAACAAAAACAAUAAUUCUAAACCAACAAAAAGAUUUCUGCUAUCAAAGAAAACACUUUGAUGAAAUGGUUUUCAUUAUAUAUUUUCAUGAAGUGAUAMAAUUUUAGCCUGAGUUCAUCCAGCGUUUACCGGAUGUACGCAGGCUAUAGUCUAAAAUGUGGACUUUUUGUGGAAAAUUCGGCUUGAUAAGCGUCGUCCCCAGGCUAUACCGUUACAUCUCCUUCCCAGUUUUUGGCGGAURAUGGCGUUAUGUUAGACAAGAGUAGCCUGGGACGAGUCAAUAGCCUGACUUUCUAAGCAGGCAGAAUAAUUGCUUUUGCUCGCAGUCUAUAUAUCAGUGGGCUGGCUACCCACUGCACUAAUGAAACAAAAAAAAAUCCUCAUUUAUUUUGGAAAUUUAAAUAUAAACAUUGUGUAGAUCACACAGCUGUAAAUUUAACGGUUUUUAGAUUUACAAAUUUAUGAAAAUAAUGUCGCUUGUAAAUGCUAUGUUAGUGCUCUUCUUUGAUCAAUGUCGGUUUGUGUAUGAGUGAGACGCAAUGAAGCAGUUCACAUACGGUGUGCAACUGCCUUUCGUGCUGUAUUAAUAUAAUGACGUCAUGUUUUGUUGGGCGAAGUGCAUCAUGGUAUUAAUGAAAGAAUCAAGAUGGCGGAUAUCGUUUAAAAACGACAGAGAACGAAGUUUCUUUGCAAAAUUAACGUUUCCCGCCAUCCAGAAAGCUUUGGAGGGACAUUUAAAAGAUGCUUGUACAUUACGGUAUACCAAAAUACAUGUCUGGGAAUUACGUAAUGUUAAAUCACGAUCGAAAGAUCAUAAAGAUAGCACACUUCGUACUUUAGUCAAUCUCAUGAUGCACCUCGCGAAUAUCACUAGGGGAAAGGACUAUUACCUCUGGUUGUGCUAGAAAUUGUUCCCAGUGAAUUAGGGACGAUUGAGACUGAUUUCCACUGACUGGUAGACAAAACAAKAUACAAAACUAUAUUUUUACUACCCAAAAAAGAACUGAAUAUUUUUCUUAUAUUUUGGGUUUUCUGUAGCGAGGUAAAACCCGACCAGAGAAAACGUAGCGUAAUGCUCACWGUCGAAAUCAUUCAGUUGUCAUUUUCAUGUGAUUGUGUCUGUCAUGGUUGAUGCUGCGUMGUAUGUUGCACGUAGCCCAUCUCCUCUCCGUGUCAUGUCAGUACCGAUAUGUUGCCGUGGUUUUGUGUUGCUUUUCAUUUUCUUGAGGAUAGAUAACAACUAAACAAAAACGCUACGACAAUGAUUAAGAGUUGACGAAGAAAACUUUUUCUUACCUUCAAUACUGAGGUUGCGCUUUGC